AUGCCCCCCACUUUUGGGAACCACGGACUCACAGUGUGUUGGGUGUUUCAGGGUUUGCAGAAGCCCUGUCUGGAAGAGAUCCGACACGCUCAGGAUGCCAUCUUCAGCCCUUCCAUGUUCGGCUCUUCUCUGGAGGAGGUCAUGGCUCUGCAGAAGGAGCGUUACCCGGAUCACCAACUCCCAUGGGUGCAGACCCGGCUCUCGGAGGAGGUGCUGGGACUGAAUGGAGAUCAGACCGAGGGUAUCUUCAGAGUUCCUGGGGACAUCGACGAGGUUAAUGCUCUGAAGCUGCAGGUGGACCAUUGGAAGAUCCCCACAGGCCUGGAGGACCCUCAUAUCCCAGCGUCUCUGCUAAAGCUGUGGUAUCGAGAGCUGGAGGAGCCGCUCAUCCCUCACGAGUUCUAUGAUGAGUGCAUCCAUCACUAUGACAACCCAGAGGCCGCCGUCACCGUGGUGCUGGGCCUGCCUCACAUCAACAAGCUGGUGCUGUGCUACCUCAUCCGCUUCCUCCAGGUGUUUGUGCAGCCGCCUAACGUCUCCAUCACCAAGAUGGAUGUGAACAACCUGGCUAUGGUCAUGGCCCCCAACUGUCUGCGCUGUCAGUCUGACGACCCCCGCAUCAUCUUUGAGAACACACGCAAAGAGAUGUCUUUCAUCCGCCUGCUCAUCCAGCGCCUGGACACCAGCUUUAUGGACGGCAUUCUAUAG